UUGGACAGCAAUGAACGCCACGCGACUAACAAAAGAUUUGCGUUUUGUCUUCCAAAUUAUGUUCGCUUUUUGUAACUUCCACACACAUAAUCCUGUGAGACUGAGUCACCCAAGAUAUGCUUUCAUCUUCACAUAAAUUAUAAAUAUAGAUGUGAGAGUAUGAAUUAAGGCAAAAAUGGGGCAUCUUCCAGCAAUCCGGCAUCUCAUCAGUCAUCUCCACAUGUCUCCAAGGCUCUCCUCAUCAUCACCAACCACAAGAUCCUCUUUACAACCGCUCUUUUCCAUCCCUACUUUUCAAAAACUAUAUUCCUUCUUCCCUCCCUCUCUUAAACCCUACCACACUCACUCCAAAACCCUAGUACCCCAUCUCCACCUCACCCCCAAUGAUACUACGCUGGUUCUGAAGAAAGAUGAGCGGUUGGGGUCGCGUUCCGUUAAUCAGGAGCAUAUUGAGGGCACUAGCACGACCACAAUUGCAGCCAUUGUGACUUCAUUGGGGGGUCCUCCUAGUGCCGUGGGAAUUGUCCGGUUAUCGGGACCAGAAGCAGUGGCCAUCGUUGCCCGUGUAUUCCGUCCCGCUCGGAGGAACAAAGGCAAGACUUUGGGUUCGGGUUCGGGUUCGUGGCGGCCCACCAGUCAUGUGGUGGAGUACGGUGUCGUUUUGGACCACCACGGGAAUGUGGUGGACGAGGUUCUAGCCAUACCAAUGUUGGCCCCAAGAUCCUACACUCGUGAAGAUGUGGUUGAGCUUCAGUGUCAUGGCAGUGAAGUGUGUUUACGCCGUGUGUUGAGAGCUUGCUUGGAAUCUGGGGCAAGGCUUGCAGAACCAGGCGAGUUCACCCUUCGUGCUUUUCUUAAUGGUCGAUUAGAUCUCUCCCAAGCUGAAAAUGUGGGAAAACUAAUUUCAGCCAAGUCCAUUGCUGCUGCAGAUGCAGCACUUGCAGGAAUUCAGGGAGGUUUCUCAUCUUUGGUUAGAUCACUUAGAAUACAGUGCAUCGAGUUGCUUACUGAAAUUGAAGCUCGAUUAGAUUUUGAUGACGAGAUGCCACCAUUGGACUUGAAUCUCAUUAUGGAUAAAAUACAUUCCAUGUCACAAGAUGUGGAGAAUGCAUUGGAGACUGCCAAUUAUGACCAGCUACUGCAAUCUGGACUACAGAUAGCAAUUAUUGGUCGUCCAAAUGUUGGGAAGUCCAGCCUUCUUAAUGCAUGGAGCAAAAGUGAGAGAGCAAUAGUUACAGAGAUAGCUGGAACCACACGGGAUGUGGUGGAAGCCAGUGUUUCCAUUCAUGGCAUCCCUGUCACCCUCCUUGAUACAGCAGGUAUUAGGGAAACAGAUGACAUUGUGGAGAAGAUUGGUGUAGAGAGAUCCGAAGCAGUUGCUAUCAGUGCAGAUGUCAUUAUCAUGACGAUAAGUGCAUUAGACGGGUGGACAUCACAAGAUACCAAACUUUUUAACAGGAUUAUAUCCAAUAAGAAAUUCGUUGAAUCUUCUACUCCAGUGAUCCUUGUAGUCAACAAAAUAGAUUGUGCUCCAUCUGCAUGCACCGAAUUGUUUAUGGAGGGAAACUCUUUCAGUAAGCACAUUUUCACUUGUGCAGUCACCGGCCAAGGAAUAUCAGACUUGGAGUCAGCAAUAAUAGAGAUUGUUGGUCUCAACAAGAUUCCUGCAGGGGGGCGCAGAUGGACUGUAAACCAGAGACAAUGUGAACAACUUGUUCGGACCAAGGAAGCUCUUGCAAGGUUGAUAUCCUCUAUAGAGGAGGAAAUGCCUCUUGACUUCUGGACAAUUGAUUUGAGGGAAGCCGCAUUGGCCCUUGGCCAGAUAAGUGGAGAAGAUAUCUCUGAAGAAGUUUUGACCAACAUCUUUGGCAAGUUCUGUAUUGGUAAGUAGACAUUGAUUGACAAUUUGUGCACGACACUUAGUCAAUUAUUUUAUAUAAAUUGCAAGAUCCUGUCUGUAUAUUACUUUCGAGGGUUGAUUUUGGCAGUAUGACUUUCUCCCGCAGACCCUUUUUUUCCUGCUCAAAGCAAAGCCCCUGAUUUAUGUAGAUUUAAAACCAUGUUGACAAAAUAUUGAUACAGGAGAAUUUCUUUUCCA